AUGGCAUCGUCUCUGGACGCUUGCCAUGAUUAUUGGUCUAAUGGCAAGGACCUUCUAUUCAUAAGCUCGACCUAUGAGCCCAAGUUUAUGAAGUGCUGGGUGCCCAUUCUCAUGACUUACUCCAAUGGUGCAACGGCGGAGCAUUAUCGAAUCCAUUUUCUCAAGUUGAUGCGUGGUAUACUUCGCAGCGCCAUCCAGAGCAAUCGACCAUUCACUGAUUCAAUGGUUGCCAAUGUUGUUGAUCACUGUGAAGCGCAAUCGAAAGGCUUCAAAGAGGCCUUUAUGGACCUUCGCACUCUUCACGCCGCAGACGGUCGCACUCCGGCACAACUCCUCCAAGCUGCCACCAGCCUUCUCAAAGGGUGUAAGCAACAUUUUGCAACCCAAGUCGAGCGCCUAUCGAAGGUGUCAGGGGUGGUAGCACCGGACAGAAAAUCGGAAUUCAAGAAGCUGACAUAUAGCUUACUCAAGGCUGACACCAUGGACAGCCUGAACAUUACCGUCGCAGAGCUCAAACGCGACUUUCCGCAUGCCAAAGCUUGGGUGGAAUGGUGGAUGCGGCCUGCCCACGCAGUGAUGUUGUUCGAGUGUGUGCGCGCAGUAUGCAUCCAGAGCUCUGGAAAUCACUGCCGGAGACCACAAAUGCGGAGGAGGCAAUGCAUCACCGGAUAUAUCGAAUGGUCGGCCGUCAUUUAUCGCUCAACAAAGGAAUUCCAGGCUUAA